CAAAUGAACGUGGAGCUUGCCAAGCCUGCGUUUUGGUGGCUCUGUUCGGACCUGGCAGCUACUAGUAGUAGGUUGUUCGUGUGAGUCAACCCUCCAACGCUUCACUCCAUAAGACCGAGACUCGCAUAAAUCCUUCGGAUCUUAGAGUGAUCUGAUAGUAAAGCCGUGGUAUUGAAGCGACCUGUCACAGAACGAAGAGCAGCAUCAUCGAAGUUCCAUAUCUCCGACAGCGACGCCUUCAACCCUACUAGGGAGAAUUGAUGGCGCCCAUUUCUUAUCGUUCCCAUGGCGCACCAGCAGCACGAAUACUGCUACUAGCGCUCUUCAUUCCGCUCGUUACAAUCACCGAAGCAUCCUUCUCUCUCACCUCGUUUCUCGAGUCCUUCACCACCUCGCACCAACAAAACUCCCCUCGAGACCGAACAGAAACCCCUUCCGGAUUCUCAGAUCGCCCCGUCGCGAGGCGCCGCCUAGCUGGCAUUACAGAAUUGGUCGAGAAGAUCGAGCGGGUCGAGCAGGCGGUGUUCGAGCCGCGAUUAAUUCAGCCCGCGCCGCUCCCCAACGCCGUGGGGCGCGCCGAGCUCUAUGUCGACGAUGGCAUGGCCGUCGACGGCUCCGCUGAUCCCUCCGACGUGAUGCUCUCGGGCGAGUCGGCGGACGGCGCGGGACCCGCGGGUAGUAACAGCCUCCUUCCGCUGGACGAAAAUCUGGUAACUGACGUUUCGCCCGUCGCGAAGCAGCAGGUGUUGGAGCGGUCGUCGCAGCGCGACGGUUCCGGCAAUCCCAAGGAUCGCACGAGCUGCUCGAUGGACCACGGCUCGUGGCAGGUGGAUUCAACGUGGCCGCUGUACGACGCCACGUGUCCGUUCAUCUACCCGAAUCAGAACUGCGUGAAAAACGGCCGCCCGGACCGCCUGUUCGAGCGAAUCCGAUGGUCCACCCCCAGCUGCCCGCUUCCCACGCUCAAUCAAGCCACGCUCUGCAGCCUCGUCGCGGGGAAAUCCAUGGCUUUCGUGGGCGAUUCGGUGACGCGAAACACAUUCGAGUCGCUGGCGUGCCUCAUGUACGGAUUCUACGGAAUGCCGGAGGAUCUGGCGGGAAUCAACAUGGCGAACGGACUCGAGCGUGGGUUCGUGUGGCCCGCGUGCAACUUCACCCUGGCGUUCUACCGGACGAAUUUCAUGGUUGAUCUGAAGCUGGAUGACCCCGCCAAGCCCAAGGGAGGGGGGGUUAUGGAUUUGAGCAAGCCGGACGAGAGGUGGAUGAGGCGACUGGCGCAACACAAUGUCUUCGUUAUAAACACAGGUCAUUGGUGGACAGAUGCGAAGAUCAAGGGCUCAGGCUUCCGCUUUGCUCCACCCCACCAGGGGCUGUCUGUAGCGGAGGGAUUCCAGAAGGCGUGGGAAAUGACCCUUGGCGUCUUCAAGAACGAUCGCAUGCGCGGCAAGGUGCUGGUUAUCCCUACAAAUUCAGCUACCCACUUCACGGGCCAGGGCUUUAAGAGCGAGUGCCCGCACACAGCUCCGAUGAACGCCACAGGAUUCCUUAAUGAGCGGUUUAUCAGGAACUACAUGACGAUGGAGCCUUAUAACGGGGUGAUGAGGCAGCUUGUAUCGAGGAUGCAUGGGAAGGAGAUGGCGGAGGGGAGAGUGGGAGGAGCACAGGUGGUGUUGUUGGAUCAGGCUCGGCCGACCCUGUUUAGAAGCGAUGGGCACCCAGGCAAGUGGGCGCUGCUGCCCAAUGGGGUGAGGGACUGCGGACAUUUUUGCCUUCCCGGAGUGCCCGAUGUGUGGAACGAGAUGAUGCUCCAGCGGCUGUGGGUGCUGGGUGAGGCACAGAGGGAGUAGGGAAGAUUUUUGUGAGGAGAGGGUUGAUGAAAGGAGAAUAAGCCAACAAGGAUGUGAUUUCCCGUCCUUAGUAUGCAGGCUAUUGGAAUAAAGGAUCUCAUGUACAUGUGAAACUUCAGUUAUU